AUUAUGUACACAAAUAUGGAAUGUAAAUAUUACUUGACUGAUAUAGCAUAGCCGUUGUCCUGUGGCACUGAUUUUGCUUGAUUUGCUGUCUUCCUAAUUCCUUGAUUAACUCCACUAACUUUCUUAUACUGUGAUUGCUCAUUCUCCUCCAUACUUCUACUGCUUUAUUUCUUUAGGAAGCGAAAAAUGUCAGGUUUCCAACACCGUGUAUACAAAAUCUAUGAUCCGAGCGCAAAAGUGACAAAGAAAUUGGCAAAGGAAGUAUUUUCCAUUGUUGGUCGGGAUCCCCUCAUUGAGAUGAGCAACAAGGGUGCUUUCAUCCGUUAUGAAGCUCCUGAUUUGAAGCCAAACAUUGUUACAUUCUGAGCGGUGGUGAGUACCUUUGCAUUGUGAUAUCCCUUCUUAAACUUUCAAAUUGCACAUCAUAACACUCUGUAACAAUACCUUUCUGUUUGUGAAUGACAGCCUCAUCCUGAUAUCAAGCCAAUGGCAUAUGCAAACAACUUUCUUCGGUUGUUCCAAUAACUUACAUAUUUGUCUUGAAUGAUCUAUCUUCUAUGGUUUGGGGGAUACAAAAGCUACAUAUAGUGCUUGUUGACAAUGCUGCUUUGACUAAUAGUUUUUUCAGUGGUAAAGUCGAAAUAAAAAUUAAAGAAAACU